UAAAAGUGAAAACUCAUCCUCUGCAAUUUAAAACUCUUAUCUCUACGUGUGCACAAACCUCACCAUUAGAUGAUUAGUAGAAGACAAAACUUACAGCCAAAUUGACAAACUUAUCUCUCUCCAAAACAUUUGGUCCAUACGAUAAAGCAAGAAGAAGAAUUAAUAAAAACAAGAAGAAGAGCAAGACGAAGAGGUAGAGGAUGAAGCAUGAAAUGGUGAACAUCAAGCUACGAUGCAUAUCCAUCUUCUUUCUUCUCUUUGCUUUGAUUCUUGGAAACUAUGUAGUUCAAGCCUCAAGACCUCGUUCCAUCGAAAAUACGGUCUCACUUCUCUCACAAGUACAUCUCCUGAAUUCGAGGAGGAGGAAUAUGAUAGGGUCGACGGCACCAACUUGUACGUACAACGAGUGCAGAGGAUGCAGAUACAAAUGCAGAGCUGAGCAAGUCCCAGUCGAAGGCAAUGACCCUAUCAAUAGUGCUUAUCAUUAUAGAUGUGUUUGUCACAGAUAAUAAUGAUAAAUCUCUUAAUUUUUUGCUUUUUCUUUGCAAUUUUUGUAUGAUUUGAUUACAUUUUUGUUUUUUUGAAUGAGAUGAUGUUUUGGUCAGCUAGCAUUAUUGAUUAUUAUUAUUAUUAUUUUUUUAACAAUUAAAAUUGUUUUAAGUAUUAGUUCACUAGCCAGGAGUGUCUGCAAGCUUAUUAACCUUGUGUGCAUGGGAUAAUAUGGUAAGGUCUUGUUGGUACGUGUUGGUAUUGGUAUUGGUAUUGGUGUUGAUGAUGAUGACGAUGAGGAUCGUGGAGAUGAUGAUAACAUUUGGGUGUUUAUAAACCGCAGGGAAAAUUCUCAUGGUCCUGUGGUCCAAAUUUGAGGCAUAAGUCAAGAAAAGAUCACAUGAGGGAACUAGAGUUGUUAUGUUUGUAAUUGUAGCCCUCCAUCUUUUGUUCUGUUACGUACAUAUUAUGACAAUAUGCAUUAAAGACAUUUGUUCUAUUAGGUUA